GAGGAGAGUCAGGAGAACCGACUCUUCUCAGCAGAAGAUCAUCCAGAGUGAUUUUACUGAUCUAGGUGGUAAAGGUGGUGAUGGGGGCGGCUCCGGCAGUCUGUGUGGUCUUCCUCAGUGGAGUGGUCGUCUCUGUUCUCGGAGGAGAUCAACACUCUCUGUACUACAUUUACACCGCGCUCUCCAAAGAUGUCGCUCUACCAGGGAUCUAUGAGUUCACAGCACUGGGUCUGCUCGAUGACCGGGAGAUCGACUACUACAACAGUAAGGAACAGGUUAAGGUUCCUAAGCAGGACUGGAUGAAGGAGAAGAUGCAGCCAGAUUACUGGGACAAAGGCACCCAGUCUCGCAAGAGCAAAGAGCAGUGGUUCAAGGUCAACGUGGACAUCCUGAUGCAGCGAAUGAGACACACAAAUAAUACCAACCUUCACGUUCUUCAGUGGAGACAUGGCUGUGAGAUCGAUGAAGCAGAUGGAAAUGUCAGAUUUCUGAGAGGCAUUGAUGAGUACAGCUACGAUGGGUCAGAUUUCCUCUCUUUUGAUGAUGAGAACAUGCGGUGGAUCGCUCCAGUUCCAGAAGCUCUGCCAACCAAAAGGAAAUGGGAUGAGGUGCCCAUCCUGAACCAGUACACCAAGGGUUACCUGGAGAAAGAAUGUGUGGACUGGCUCACCAAAUUCAUGGAGUACAGAAAAGAAUCACUGAGAAAUCAUUCCAAACCAGAUGUUCAUGCCUUUGCAAAGAAAUCUCCAACUAACUCAGGCAGACUGACCCUGACCUGCCUGGCCACGGGCUUCUACCCCAAAGACAUGGUGGUGAGUGUGAGGAGGUUGCACACUUCACUGCCUGAACAUCUACUAACAUCUUCAGGAGUCAGACCCAAUGAUGAUGGAACCUACCAGCUGAGGAAGAGUGCGGAGAUCCAGGAGGACGAAAGAGAAGCAGAAUAUGACUGUUAUGUGAAUCACAUCACCCUCAAAGAACCAGUAAUUAAGAAAUGGGACAAAAAGUGCAGUGACUGCCAGAGUGAUCUAAAUGCAGGACUAGGACUAGUUAGAAAAAUAACUGUAGGAGUGACUGUGGUUCUGCUCUUGCUGGAUUUGCUGGGUGGGAUCAUCUUUGUCCUUAAAAAGAUGCAGAUAACUGGGAACUCCAGGAAUUGAAUUCCACUGGGACUG